AUGACCACCGCCCACACGACUGAGGGCACGAUCCCGUUCCAUGUCGACGGAAGCGUCUGUCAAACCUGGUACAGGGUGUUCGGAGACAUCUCUGACCGGACGCGCACACCUCUCGUCACUCUGCACGGCGGCCCCGGACUCGCACAUGACUAUCUCACCCCCCUUGCCGACCUUGCAACACAAGCAUCCAUCCCAGUGAUCGUGUACGACCAAAUCGGCGGCGGACGCUCGACGUACUUUCCGGAAAAGCCGCUCUCGUUCUGGACGAUCGAUCUUUUCAUCGACGAGCUCGUCAACCUCCUCAAGUACUUUGGCAUCGAGGAUAACUUCGACUUGCUCGGCCACUCGUGGGGCGGGCAGAUGGGUGCCGAGUUUGAGAUCAGACGACAACCUGCGGGUCUGCGGCGGCUCAUCCUGACGAACUCGUUGGCGUCUACGAAAAUGUGGGGGGAGUCGGUGAAGCAGUUGCUUGCAGAAAUGCCGCAAUGGGUCCGGGACGGGAUGGCAGCAGGGUGGGCAAAUCCAAAGGUCCUGGGUCCAGCCAUGUUUGAAUUCCAGGCGAAGCACGGGUGCACCGUGCAGCCACCACCGAUCGAGUUCUGGGGACCACUGAAGCGAGUCUUCAGCGAUGACUACACUCCUACGGUAGAAAGGGCAAUGUUCUCCCAGGAACUGAAGGACUGGUCUAUCCUGGACAAGCUCCAUCUCAUCCGCCAACCCACGCUCGUAUUACACGGUCGCGCAGAUGUUGCGCAAGAUUUUAUUGUCAGGCCGUUUUUUGAAAAGAUACCGAAAGUCAAGUGGCGUACUUUCGAGCUGUCCAGCCACACGCCCAUGCUGGAGGAACGCGAGAGUUAUAUCAAAGAAGUCUUGGCAUUCCUAGAGUAG